AUGAAACAAGAAGCAUUAAGCAGUUAAAGAAAUUAGGAAAUGGUAAAUUCAUAAUCGACUUAAAUUUUUGAUGAAAUAGAAAUAUAUAAUUGUUAUUGGAAAUAAGAAAUAAUUUUGAGUGAUUGUGAAGAAUAAUUUGUAUAAAUUGCAUCUGAUGAUGAAAGAGAUUGA